AUGUCAACGUUGGCGAAGAACAUUGUAUUAAGGAGCGCAGAUGACAAAAUCUUCGAGGUUGAAGAAGCUGUGGCUCUCCAGUCGCAGACCAUAGCUCACAUGAUCGAAGAUGACUGCGUCCAAAACGGAGUCCCUCUUGCUAACGUCGACGGCGCUAUCCUCGCCAUUGUGAUCGAGUACUGCAAGAAACACGUCCCUGUCGUCGUCCCCGAUGGUGGUGAAGGUGAUUCGUCUUCUUCUUCUUCUUCCUCCGAAGAGGAGCUCAAGAAGUGGGACGCUGACUUUAUGAGCCAGGUGGAUGAUCCGACGCUCUUUAGCCUUAUUCUGGCUGCUAACUAUCUGGACAUCAAAAAUCUUCUUGGUCUUGCUUGUGACACGGUCGCUAAUAUGGUCAAAGAUAGAACUGUCGAAGAGGUUCGUGAUUUCUUCAGCGUCACGAACGAUUUCACACCCGAAGAAGAAGCAACGGUUCGCGGAGAAAACAAUUGGGGUUAUGAAACAUGA